UAUGACCCAGCUAUUCCAAUAGUUUGAAGAUGCCUCUUCGUGUGGCUUGAACAAAGCGGUGGAAUGAGUAAAAUAAUAUUUCAGUAUAAUUUUAUAAAUUAAUUUUAUUAGAAUUUUACAAACUGCGCAAUGGGACAGCAGAUAAAAACAUCCAUAUUUAUUAUUUUUGCGUUAUCAAUUCAGUUAUGUAGAGGACAUUCAUACAGUUGGGGAUAUUUCAAAAGUUCCUACGGCUCAAGACUUUCAAAUGGAGUUUUCAGCGGCGCACAACCAACGACGUACAGCGUGCGCGACAAAGCGCAUUGCACCGUCCUCUGUCUUCAUCUCGGCACAGCGACCUGUACAUCUGUCAACUACCAUAGCAGUAGUAAAACGUGUGAGAUUAAUGAUAGAACAAAAUACGAUGACGCUGGAACAGUACCUGUAGCGGAUGAAGACUGGGAGCACCUGGAUGCAGACUUAGGACCUCCACAAUAUCCGAGUUUUGUCUACGUGAACGAAAGCCAAUCUACGUCUCUAGAAAUCACGUGGAUGUCCGGCUUCAAUGGCGGGUUCGCUCAAACCUUCACUUUAGAGGUAACGCCCCAGAGUGCUGCUGACGUCACCAAUACCACCGUGCUGAGCUUGGAGGACCCUGGAUACCUUCAGACCACGACUAACCUCAUCACUGGGUUACAAGAAGGGGCAAGCUAUACCUUACGACUGACCGCCGUGAACGACAGACCUGUAGGUGUCAGGAGCAGGAACAUAUCGAGGACAGCCACCACUCAUAGCAGAGGAGCCUAUACUUGCGACAUACUGAAGGAAGAGGGCUUAAGUAGUGGGAGCCAUGAUAUCGAUGUAGACGGUCCUGGUGGAAUGGACCCCUUUCAGGUGGAAUGUGAGAUGACCUUUGACCCCCCAUUGACCAUUGUCCACCAUGAUAUAGAAGGUCGAAGCAGUCAACUUGGGCCUGGUCAGGGAGGCUAUACUUACAGAGAUCUGGCGUAUUCUACUGCUUCUAUGGACCAAAUGACUGCCUUAUUGAAUAUGUCCGGCCACUGUCACCAAUACAGACAAAUAGAGUGUCACGGAUUAGGGAACCCUGGUUCAAACACUGAUCAUAGUGAUCGUACUGGAGUAUACAGGUAUUGGGGUGCUUACUUCCCUGGAGGAUCCCCUGUCUCCAGGUGUCUGUGUGGGAAAUAUUCCGCCUGUGAAAACGGAAGAAGCGAUUGCAGCUGUGCACAGAACGAUGCCGUAUGGAGGAAUGAUUCUGGGUACCUUCAGGAAAAGAAUAUUCUUCCCAUUGUGCAGACCAGAAUUAACGAUAUUGAUGGCGGUGAUGAAAUGGGUUUUGAAACACUUGGGCCAUUGGUCUGUACCUCCUGGGUGGAAGGACGCGAGCGACCUCUAGGGAUGCAAAGUAACGUCAUACCCACUUCCUCUCUCUCUGCAUCUUCAACACACGGCAGUUGCGCUCUUAAUGGCGGCAGGAUGGGAAGCAGCCCCUCUUGGUGUGCCGGCGGCAACAGCGCCACCCAGUGGUACCAAAUUGAUUUUGGAAGGAAUAUGACCAUUACCAAAGUGGCAACAGUGGGACGUUCAUCCCACACGCAAUAUGUGAAAAGAUACACGCUCCUCUUCUCCGACGACGGGUCCAAUUUUGAAUGCUAUUCCAAAGCCGAUGGAACGUGUACAAAAUUUCCAGGAAAUUGGGAUGCUUCUACGACUAGAUACAAUUACCUGAGACCCGCCGCCAGAGGGCGCUCCAUACGUUUCAACCCCCUAGAGUGGAAUAGUCACGUGAGCUCGAGCUUCGAGGUGUAUGGCUACGAUGAAGGAUAUACAAAUACCAGCCAGUACGAUGAGGGCAGCUCUGUCUCUCUGUCCUGUCCUACUGGGACCUGGAUAGACAUUCUGGAUGCGUUCUACGGAGUGGAGAGUAUUGGUUGCAGGGCAGAUCAGAGAGCUACUAUAAAAGCCGUCAAGAACCUGUGUCAGCAGCGUACUAGCUGUACAGUCAGUUCAAGUAAUGGAGUGUUUGGUGAUCCUUGCGGGGGACAAGGGAAAUACUUGUGGAUAACUCACAAAUGUGUAUCCAUUUUGAGCUCCUGCUACGAAUAUUACAAGUAUGGAUUUCGGUACAGCGGCUACUUUGAAAUCGACCCUGACGGAGCCAACUAUGGUGUUGGGCCUUUCAUGGUAGAGUGUAACAUGACUUCAUCGCCACCUGGGAAGACAAUUAUACACCACAGUAGAGAUGACACCGAGUCCAGUCAAAUCUCAGGGCACGAAUCUUGCGGAAGUUGGAAACAAUCGUUAACCUAUCACGGCAUCACGCUCUCCAGUCACAUGGCGCCGUUUGUAGACACCGUGGCCACCUGCUCCCAGUAUGCCAAGUUCCGGUGUAAAGGAGUGUCCGGUCUGGGAGGUUCCUGCAACUUCGUCAAAGAUAGAAGUGGCAAUGCAAUCCCUUAUUGGGCCGGAGGUAAUAGUGUCAAUAAAUGUUCAUGUGGAAUUGCAGGAACCUGUGUUGAUGGCAGAAGUGAUUGUAACUGUAACAAGAACGACAACGUGUGGAGAAUAGAUGAGGGGUAUUUUACUGACAAGUCCUUACUACCCAUAAAGAAAUUCCUCUCUGGUGACACUGGGGGUUCCGCAGAAUCUGCCUAUUACACUGUUGGUCCAUUAGAGUGUGAACCAGCCUUGCCCUCUUGCACAGAAUGGAAACGAUUCAACAGCACUAGCGGCGUCUAUUGGGUUGACCCAGAUGGCGGUGGAGGUGUAGCCGCUUUCGAGGUGUAUUGUGAUAUGUCAACUACACCACCCACUGUGACCUUUCACCAUGAUUAUGAAGACAGGACACACGUCAACGGCCAUGAUGGUGCUUACUCGUACUCGAAAUCGUUGGCGUACAAAAAUUACCACAGCAUUGGGUGCUGGACAGAUUCUAACCCUAGAGCCAUUGCCACGCUGGAAGGUUCGGACUCAAAUCUUGAUGGCGCUUACAGUACAAGAAGCAACCCAAUUUACAAAUGUUACCUAGCGGCCAAAUCUCGUGGCUACACAUAUUUUGCUGUCCAGGCUGGCGGCUGGUGUGCUUCUACUGCUACUGCUGGCGACACCUAUGAUAAAUACGGACCUUCAGGUGCCUGUAACAGUGACGGGGAGGGAGGAGGAAUGGCCAGUGAAGUUUACAAAAUCGUUGAAGCGAGUGUUGACCAAGUGGCGGCAUACGUGGAUUACGUCGGUACAAGCUGCUCACAGUUUAUAAAAUACGAAUGCUACCAUUCGCUCAUAAACGGCUACGGUGGCUGGUACGAUCGACAUGGACAGAAAGCGCCAUUUUGGGGCGGAGGCGAUCCAGACGGUACCUCUAUCAACUGCGCAUGCGCACAAGAUGGAUCAUGUGCAGACUCUUCUAAGGAAUGCAACUGCGACAAAAAUGACAACGUUUGGCGGUCAGACGAAGGAUACAUCACAGAGUCAAGUUAUCUGCCGAUAUCCAUGAUUAAAUUUGGAGACACUGGAGGAGGAGAAGAAGGAUAUCAUACUGUUGGGCCUCUCACUUGUUACGGAUGAACACGACGUACCCAGCUUCAAUUUGGAUCGUCAUUUAAAGAUAGGCCUACAUAACAGGCGAAGGUACAGAUUUGUGCAUUCCCUUCACUACUACAA